AUGAAACUUGGAGCACUCAACAGUCUUGUCAGAAACCAAAAGCUUCAACAGGCAGCAAAGAGUUUUAGACCACAAGAAGAAUCAACUAGUCAAGAAAAUUCCACACAAAGUUUACUCUUCGAUAUCGGAACCUUUAGUCUUCAUGGUGGUUUAUUGAAUGGACAAGAUCAAGUGGUACCACUUGUGAAAGAUUUCCAUUCAUGGGUUUAUAGAUAUGAUCUUACACGUGGUUUUGCUAAAGGAUUAGAUGAAAACAAGUUAUAUUUUGGAUUACAAUCACAUGAAUCUGCUUCUUUCAUUCCAUAUCCAAUUGUUAAAAGUGGUGGAUGGUUCAGUAAUUUGAAUGAUUUUUCAAAAUUGAUUAAAGAAGUUGUUAGCAAUGUUGAUGAAAAGUUUAAAUCCAAGACUGAAAAUUUACCAUUCUUAAUGACUGGUUAUGAAUAUUUAAAUGGACAAAAUAAGGCAUUGGCAAAGUUGACUCAAGUUGUUUUUGAAGAAUUGAAAAGUUCUAAAUUUGCAUUCCAGGAACAAACUAAAUGUGGUCUAGUUGCCUCAGGUUUGACAAAUGGAACAGUUGUAAAUAUUGGUUUUGGAACUAAUUAUUCAAUUACCUAUGAAGAUGGUUGUCCAAAAUCUCACAUUAUUAAUCAUGGAUUGAAUGGAAAUUACUUUUCAGACCUUUUUGUAAAGAUGAUGACAGAUCGUGAACAAUAUGUUGACACACGUAGUGAUAGAGCUCGUGUUGUAAAAGCUAAGGAUGCAAAUUCAUUUAUUUCUUUGAAUUAUGAUUCUGAAAAUGUACCUCCAAUUGAUUAUCAAUUACCUGAUGGAAAGAUUAUUCAUUUGGAAAAUGAAAGAUACGAAGCUUAUGAAAGCUUAUUCGAACCAACAAGAAACUUUAUUAAUCCAUACAAACCACUUGAGGAAUCAUUCAUUCCUCUUCCACAAAUGAUUCUCAAACACCAAACUACCAACAAAUCAGUGUUAGAGAAUAUUCUAUUGAUGGGUGGAGUUUCGACAUUGAACGGUUUAAGACAGAGAUUAUUCAUGGAAUUGGAUUUGCUUGCUAAGGAUGACACUAUCAAUUGGAAUAUUAUUCAAGCUCAAGAUAAAUAUUUGGCUUAUAAGGGUCUUUCAAUGAUGGCUUCAAUGAGCUCUUUUGAGAGUUGUUACAUUACCAAGCAAGAAUAUGAAGAGAGUGGUGACUCUGUCUAUGUGAGAAGAUUCCCAAGAGUUAUUUCAGUCGCUGAUGAAGAUGAGGAAGAUUACAAGAGAACCACUGAGGAAAAUACUGAGAGAGAAGAAAACUUCAAAUCUCAAGAAGAACCAAAAGAAGAACAAAAAGCUGUUGAAAAUACCAAGCCUUUAGUAGAACAAGAACAACCAAAGAUUGAAAAGAAGGCUUCAACUGAUUUUGACACUCAAAUGGAACAACUCAAAAAGUUGAAAGAAUUACUGGACUCGGGUAUUCUUACUCAAGAAGAAUUUGCCGAAAAGAAGAAGAAAGUUCUUGGAUUAUAA